GUAAACAUGGCGCCGGGCGCUAGAACGCCGAGAGUUUCCGAAAUACCAAUCUACACCCUUGAUUUUCCCCAUACUUGUGUCAUUCCCUGAAAACAGAAAUGAAUGUCAGCUCAGAGGGUCAAAUAUGAAAAUAUGGCUUCCUGGAAAGCGACAAGUGAUGCAAAAUUUGGAGUCGUUGUUUACAAUUUUGACGGAAAUAUUACGCAUGGACUGCGGUUAACCAUUGGCGAAACUGUGCACAUUUUAGAAGAAUGCGCAGGUUGGUACAGGGGAUGUACUCUACGAAACAAAUCUGUAAAGGGUAUCUUCCCAGCAACAUACAUUAACCUCAAGGAAUGUACUGUGGAAAAUAGAGGCACUACAAGUGAAAGUGUUGUGCCUAAAGAAGAUGCUACAGUUAAGGAGCUAACUUUGAUAUUAAGAGAAUGGUUUGUCAUCUGGAAAGACCUUUACAAGGUGUGGAAAUUUGUUUACAAUUUUGACGGAAAUAUUACGCAUGGACUGCGGUUAACCAUUGGCGAAACUGUGCACAUUUUAGAAGAAUGCGCAGGUUGGUACAGGGGAUGUACUCUACGAAACAAAUCUGUAAAGGACCAAAUGGAUGACAUCAAGAAGAAAGCUAUCAAUAAAAUUGACUGGGGUAACAGCAAAAUGGGGCUCGAUCUCAUUCCAAGAGUGGAUGGAGAAGUGGUUGAUGCUGACUCCACAAGUGUUGUUGAACUCUACAAAGUGCAUGUGUCAAGUGCUGAAGCUAGCCUCCAAAUAUCAGGGAGAGGAAAUUUUAAGAAGACAGCCUCACGUGGUGUCAGCACUGUAAUGCACCAUGUUUACCUAAACAUGACAAACUUUAUGUGCAACAUGGAUGAGAGGAGCCAGGUGUUUUUCUCCAUUUAUGAUGCAAGGGAUGGAAGAUUCAUCAGUGAGAGGUUUUUAGUUUCUGUUGGGAAGAGUGACAGCACACUGAAAGUUAACCAACCACAGAAGAUUGAAAACUCAUUUUGUGUUUUUACUGACCUUGGGAGUAAGGAUGUGUCAGCUGAAGCUUACCUUGUUGCUCACAUUGUGAGAAUAGGGAGAAUGCUUACUGAUGGUUCAAGCAAGAAGGCCUCAACUACUUCAUAUAGAAGGCCAUUUGGAUGUGCUGUGUUGGAUAUAGUGGAUGUUUUGACUGGAAGAGAAGAACGUCUGGAAGAGAAGGAAUUCCAAAUGCCAAUUUUCAAUUGUAGUGACAGUGAUUUCUGGAUGGUCCAUGAUAGUAUCAUUAAAAAACAAACCAAUAAAUACAGUGCUUCAAGCUCAAACAGUGUUAUCUCUGUUUCCUUGCGAGUGUUUCACGGUGACCUGGAUAAGAUUCAAAGUGAAAACUCCCUUGUUCUGCCAAAGGGGAUUCCAGUUGUCAGAAAGUUAGGGUUCCCUGAUGUUAUCAUGCCAGGUGACAUAAGGAAUGAUCUCUAUGUUACUAUGGAAAGAGGAGAGUUUGAAAAAGGAUCAGGAAAAACUACAUCGAAAAAUGUUGAAGUUUCCAUGUGUGUCCUCGGACCUAAAGGCAAAGUGAUUGAGGAUUGUAUUUUCCACGGGGCUGGAGGUCCGAGUGUAACAGAAUAUCAGUCCAUUAUCUUCUAUCACAACAGCAGUCCAAAGUGGAAUGAGACUAUAAAGAUACAGCUUCCCUUUGACAAGUUCUUGGGAGCCCAUCUGAGAUUUGGCUUUAGACAUUUGUCGAAGUUUGAAGAAAGGGAGAAAGCCGACAAGACAUUUGGCUUCUCUUUCGAGAGCCUGAUGAGAGCUGACGGAACAACAAUCCCAGAUGGUUCACAUGACCUGUGUGUUUAUAAGUAUGAUGAAAAUUGUUUCUAUGACUCGAAGACCUAUCUUCACAUGCCAUCAACUUUAUCGAAAUUCGGAAACCAUACUACUACAGGCUCUGAUCGAUUGGUACGUAACUCGAAGGAUGCCUUCUACAUCAGAACAAUAGUGUGUUCCACAAAGCUGACUCAAAAUGUUGAUCUCGUUGGUCUGUUAAGAUGGAGGCAGCAGAAACGUCAAAUCCCUUCAGUGUUGACUUCUUUGCUGAAAAUCGACGGAGAGGAAAUCGUCAAGUUUCUUCAAGACAUUUUUGAUGCCUUAUUUGCCAUUCAGAAUGAAAGCUCAGAACAAUGUGGUAACCUCGUGUUUCAAGCUCUGGUUUUUAUCAUCUGCAUUUUGUCUGAUGAAAAAUAUCAACACUUCCAGGAUGUACUGACAACGUAUAUUGAAAAACAUUUCAGCGCAGCCUUGGCACACCGGAAACUAAUGAACUGCCUGAAACAGAUACUGAUAUAUACUGGAGAAAACGAUAAAAUGGAUUACCUCAGAAAUACCUUGACGGCCUUAGAAUAUCUUUUUAAAUUUAUUAUUCAAUCAAGAAUGCUGUUGAUCAGUAUGAAUCGAGGACGAGAUGCGAGAAGUUACGAGAAUUUUAAGCAAGAGCUGGCCUCUGUGUUUACUGAUCUCAAUGCGCUGAUGUCCUCACGUCUUCCAGACAUAACUUUAAAAUCUUUAGCAAUGGCGAAUUUUUCAGGAAUUUAUCAAGACUCUUUGAAAGUAUUUAGCUUUGAAGAAUUGAGUACCAUUGCAAAGGAUUUUCUUCUCAGUGCAGCAAAGGAUCAGAAAGCGCUGAACAGUAGCAGAAUGCAGUUUAUUGAUGCAACAGUAAAGAGUGAGCUCUUUGUGCACAAAGAAUCAAGAACAAUCUUGAUGCCAGUUCUUGUGGCUACUAUUCAACAACAACUGAUACAAAAGCAAGAUAUGAGAAAAUGUGCCGAAAUAGUGGGAUCAAUUCUCACCUCCCUGCACACAAAAGCAGCGGAAGGUGCAACUGAAGAUGACGUUUAUCUUGUGGUGAGAACCUUACUUCAACCUGUGUUCCAAGCGGUGAUGACCGUAGACAGAUCAAGUGAGCUUGCGAGGCAUCUUCUGGCUGUAUUAACAAACCUGUUGCUGAUUAUGAAAGAGAAACAUUACAGUCGGUAUCUGAAGGAGUUCAAGGACAACAAAGAACUCAAAGAUUUCCUGGUGAAUGUCUUUGUUGUGUUCAUUGAAAUUGUAAAGCGAGGAAUCUUCCUCAGGGACUGGAUUGUAAUCAUUAUCUUGGGGAACAGUGUGAUUCUGAGGGCUACUCAGAACUUUUCACAAGCCCUGAUUGAUAACUUUUCAGGAGACAACUUCGACUAUCAGUUGUGGAAUCACUACUUUAAUCUAGCGGUGUCUUUCCUUACUCAAUCUCACCUUCAACUGGAAAACUUCACUGAAGUCAAGAGGAACAAGAUCAUCGACAGGUACGGUGACAUGAGGCAGGUGAUGGGGUUUGAGAUUGUUCAGAUGUGGCAGAGUCUUGGUUCCUUUCAGAAGCAUUUCAUGCUGAGCAUGGUUUGUCCUUUCUUGGAAAUGACUCUGGUUCCUGAGACAGAAUUACGUAAAGCUACGUUACCUAUAUUUUUUGACAUGGUUGAAUGUGAACUCAAUUCCAAAGGCGUGGCCACCAUGGUGGAAACCAAAAUUGUAAACGAACUCGAUCGACUUGUCAGUGUGGAUAAGAAAGGCGACAGGGAAUACAAGAAACUCUUCAAACAAAUGAGGGUGUCCGGUCAAGAUGAUAGAGAACAGAAAAUGAGCUGUCUUGUAAAUCUGCUGGAAUUUUACCAGAAGAUUGGUCGUGAAGACAUGUAUAUUAGGUGUAUAAACAGACUUUGUGAUCUUCACAUUGCGAUAGAGAACUUCACAGAAGCUGGUUUUACCGUCUUGAAACACGCUGAGUUACUUAAGUGGCCUGAGACGCUACCUGAAGAUUCCCCCGACACUUUAAAAGACUUCCAGCUCAAGGAAAAGUUAUAUUUAGACGCUAUUGACUUCCUGGACAAAGGAAAGACGUGGGAGAAGGCGAUUGAACUGUGCAAAGAGUUGACGGAACAAUAUGAGUUGCUGUUGUGCGAUUACGUUAAACUUGGGGACAUUUUGAAAAAACAGGCCAAGUUCUUCGACAACAUCAUGACCCAGGUUCGGGCGGAAUCUGAAUACUUUAGAGUCGGAUUCUACGGCAAAGGCUUUCCAUCAUCAGUAAGGAAUGAGGCUUUUGUUUACCGAGGUCAUGAAUACGAGAGAAUCGGCUCCUUUAACCAGAGACUGAAGGCACAGUUCCCUGAUGCUCAGAUGAUGGACAAAAAUACACCGCCAGAGGACGACAUCUUGGAGUCUGACAAGCAAUAUUUGCAGUGUUGCCGAGUGAUUCCUAUCUCAGAACACGAAGCACGUUUCGCUGGCAAAGUCGUCGAUGAUAAAAUUUCAGGUUAUUACCGGGUGAACGAUGUCAGAAGAUUCACCAACUCAAGACCUUUGCGUCCAGGUUCGGAGGACUUUGCGAACUUAUGGUUAGAAAGAACGACCUAUACGAUCGGUUCACCUCUGCCUGGAAUUCUUCGAUGGUUUCAAAUCACAUCUUCAGAAAGCGUUGAAAUCAGCCCCCUUCUCAAUGCAGUUGAAACUGUGGAAUCCAAGAAUAGAGAGCUCGAUAGGAUCAUCACUAAUCUGUCCUCAGAUAGGAGUCAGAGUAUCAACCCGCUGAGCAUGAUACUCAACGGUAUCAUCGAUGCUGCUGUGAUGGGAGGUAUAGCCAAGUAUGAAGAGGCAUUUUUCGCUCCAGAAUAUUUAAAGAACAACUCAGGCGAUAUGCAACUCAUCGACGAGCUAAAACGCGCCAUAGAAAAUCAGGUCAAGAUCUUGGAAAGAGGUCUGAAUCUUCACGAUGAGUUAGCAACCAGGGACUUGAGACCGUUUCAUAACAAGAUGGAGACUUGUUUCGCCGACAUGAAGGCUCGUGUCGCGGGGGAAGAGAGAAAGUCUGCCAGGCCGAAAGAUCUCCAGAUCCCGUUGCCGACAGGACCCGUGACUCAAGCGUCAACUUUAGGGUUUACAAAGGCAGUAAGAAAACAAAGCUUACCGGCGGAUGUAGGCAGGGAAAGUGUUCCAGCAGCAGCGGCGGCGGGGACCACAGUAAAAAUGAGGCGGUUAAGUGAGCAUCAAUCACGACAGAGCAUGUGGUAUGACAACGAUGAUAUUCCGUCCAAAAAGAUGUCUGGUUCUAAAUCUUUGGAGGCUCUUUCAGAAAUAGAUGAAUUUUCGCCGCCAGUUCCAACAAAGAAAGGCUCCAAAUCAGAUCUUACUUCUGGGCACUCGCCUGAGACGGUCCGUAGAAGAACGGGUCUAAGUGAGAAACUUCAACAACGAAGUUCUUCCCCAGCGGGAAUGUUAAGGACUGUACUCUCACCUCAAGCCAAUGGAGAAACUUCCCCCGCACUCCCCCCCAAGCGUAAAAGUGUCUUCCUUUCAAGUCCACAAGACGGCACCUCGCCAGUCGCUCCACCCCUUCCUACACGUACAUCCGGUGGUCUGCCAGGAGAUGGCGCUGUAAACGGAGCAGUUGCCAGGAACGAGCCCAAGGAAGCCCCUGCAGUUAGUGACGUCGAUCUUCCCGCUUUACCUCCCAAGAAAUCUGUGUCUAGAAUGUCUCUGGAUAGCGAACCAGGGUUUCAAGAAAAAGCAAAGCGCCCCGAGACUUUGGCGUUUGCUGUAGAUGAUUCAAACUCAGAACCUGUUCCUGUUCUGCCAGAGAAACGUAAAAGCUACGCCAGCACCACUUCCAGUCGAACCCCUUCUUCAGUUUUCUCUGAUACAGCUUCAGAUUUCUCGUCUCCAAUGUCCCCUUCAGUGGCUUUCAAAUCUCAAAAACAUUUUCCUGAUAAGCUCCUGGUUGGGUCGUCAACGCGAGAUUCGCGCGGAUCAACUCUUCCAUCGGGGUCUACAAGCUCAACAGUAUCUCUGGGCACUCCCCGUGCGGGGCCUUUCACAACUCCUAGGCCAAGUGUCAGUGGACCAAAUAACUAUAGUUACGUAACACCGCCAACGACACCGACUUCUCCACGAGUACCUUACGAUUACGUUUCCUCGCCCAGUGAGUCGGUAGCUAGCUGGGUGUCAAACAGCACACAAUAUUUUUCAGCGUCUUCCUCCUUUGACAGCGACAUCCUUUCCCCGGGAACUCCACCAAAGCGCCCAUUAAACACGGAUGCGCCGCCGCCCUUACCGUCAUCCCUCCCACUAAAUGUAGAUCUCCUGGCAACGUCGCCCAUGAAGGACGAUUCUACAUCUCCCCUUAUUCCUUUCAAAGGAACUCAAGAUUUCUCCUCAUCCGUUGAAAAGAUUGAAAGAUUUUCAUUUUUCGAAACGAUGUCAACGGUGACGACUUCUACGGUGAUGUCAUCAACAGAGAUGGAAUCAGUUGACCAAACAGUGAAACCCCGUACCCCAGUCCCAGUCCCACGGAGGAACACGACGAACCCGUCGUCAGGUCAACCAGCGGGUUCGUUAUCUGGAUCAUGCUCAGAUGUUUCAGCUGGUAACAAAGGUCCACGGCUGGUAACUCCGCCCCCAAUUAAGCCCCGAAGGACCACAAGUUUUUCAUCAGAUCAAGGUCCUAAAUCCCCUCCUCCACCCAAACCGCCCAGACCUUCGCAGGCCAGGGAACCUCCACCAAAGCCCAAACCUUAUGCUUCCAGGUCAGUGGAUAACUCGCCGGUAGUUAAACGAAAAGCGGCCAGCGAGAGGAUGCAAAACAUUCCACCUGGAGAAAAGAAUGGAUCAUGACCAUUUCCAUGUAAAGAGAUUUAACUCAACCUGUCUUCCUCAAUUUACUGGGAAUAGUGGCGUCCUUACGUGGACUUACUACCUCGAAUUCUUCGCUAGAUGUCCUUAAAAUUUAACAUUUAGAUUCGUUCAAGCAAUUCCUUUGCUUUCGAAGGAAAACAGUUGAAAGUAACGCAUCUUGAACAAACACGUACUUUUUCUAGUUCAUUGCAACCUAUCUACGAUUAUCAUAGUUUGUAUAACGCCGUUAGCUACGAAAAUGGAUGGGUCCUCCUCAGUUUUGUAAAAGGGUCGUUAAUUACUGCACAUAAUGUACAGAGAUAAAUGGUUAUUGACCACAAGAUAUCGCAGUAUGUAACAAAAUUAACUUUCAUAACAAAAGUUGAGAAGCAUUUCCUCACAAUGAAAUAGAAGAAAUACCAUAAUUAUACGUAAUGUGACAUUUGGCCCUGAAUAUAGGUUUUUUUUUUUUACUUUUUGAAAUACCACUUUAAAAUAGCCCAUUUGCGAAUUACCCUUGGCCUC